AUGUCACCUUAUCAAUUAGUAUUUGGAAAAUCUUGCCAUUUACCUGUGGAGUUAGAGCAUAGAGCUUUCUGGGCUAUCAAGUUUCUAAAUUUUCAUCCAACAAAAGCUCUUAAGAAAAGACAGAUUCAAUUAAGUGAGCUUGAUGAGUUCAGAAAUUCUGCAUAUGAGAAUGCCAGAAUCUAUAAGGAUAAAACAAAGAAGUGGCAUGAUAGAAGGAUCAUUCACAAGGAGUUUGAGCCUGGACAACAGGUUUUGCUGUAUAACUCUUGCAUGAGGUUGUUUCCAGGUAAGUUAAAAUCAAGAUGGUCUGGUCCUUAUGUGGUGAAAAAGGUUUUUCCCUAUGGUACAAUAGAAAUAUCACCACUGGAUGAAGAUAGACCUUUCAAGGUCAAUGGUUCAAGGUUGAAAUUCUAUCAUGGAGGGCCUGUGUUACAAAACACUGUGGCUCAAUAUCUUAAUUCUGUUGGCACAUAA